AUGGCGAUGAAACUGUCUCGAAACAUUUUUUAUCUGCUGAUCAAAGUUGCAAUAGUUCUUGAUGCAUUUCCCGUUCUUUUUAGCAAGAAUCAGCAAUCAGAAGAAAUGGCAAACCGAUUCGAAGAUGAUAUGAUUUUUCCUUAUCCAAUAACGGUUGGUGCUGGGAAUGGUUACCAAGUAACGCAUUAUCUCAAUUUAAUGCAUGCAGAGUCUCUAACUUGUAUGAUUUCAGGUGUUAUUCAACACGAAUUACUUCACAUCUUAGGGUUUUUUCAUGAGCAAUCGCGACCUGAUCGUGAUUCCUACGUAUCAAUUCAAUGGUCAAAUAUUCAGUCAAAUAUGAAACCAAAUUUUGAAAAAUACACUGAGACCGAAAUUGAUACUCUACAAACUCCGUAUGAUUAUGGAUCCAUUAUGCAUUAUAGUCCAAAUGCCUUUACUAAUAAUGGCUUACGAACAAUCAUUCCUACGAAGGAUCCAUUUGCAUCUAUUGGACAGCGAAUUGUCAUGAGUCCUAUUGAUAUUCUUGAAGUACAGCGAUAUUACAGUUGUGUGCCUAGCUCAGAUCCAGGAAAGGCAUUAAUAGCAACAUUUUUAUUCAUAAUCAGCAGAAUAUCAAUCACAACAUAA